AGUCUACAAAUAUGACUCAAAUAUAUUAAGAUGAAAGUAGUAAUAUUGUACUGCUCGCUUGCAGGGCAAAGUGAUCAGGACCAAGAGUGUGGAGUACAUGCCAUUCUUCCUGUCUCUGGUGAACUUCCUCAACGGUUGCUGCUGGACAGGCUAUGCGCUCAUCAAGUUUGACAUCUACAUCACGAUCCCCAAUGGCCUCGGUACAAUCUUCGGCCUCAUUCAGCUGAUCCUCUACUUUUACUACCACAGAUCAACCCUCAAGAAGGGCAAGAACGUCGAACUGCCCACUGUCCUCACAAAAAACGCCAUUACCAGCGGCAACGUCUCCGUCACCGUUGAGAAAUAAGCUGGCUUCGUUUUUAGCCCUAACGAAUUUGUGUAGUUAAUACCGGAUGAUACUUCAACAAGUGCGAUGUUAAUUAGUACUUUUUUGUUAGCUAGUAGAGUCUGAGUUUGCCUUUAAUUUCGUGAACCAUUGUCCUCUGCCCGAGACUAC